UCGGGCCACGCCAGCUUAGGUGGAUGUAGGUGAGGAGGGCGGGGGUGUGUGCCUGCAGAGCCCUGGCGUGGAGCUGGUCUCACUCCGUGUUAGACUCCAGGCAGGACUCGAGGCAGAAGCAGCAGUUCUGAGGGAUGUGGGACUGAUGCAGUUCUGUCUACAGAGCGCGAUGCGGUGAAGCCUCUAAAGAAUCAUGGCAGCGACUGAUGAACUGGCCUUCCAUGAGUUCGAGGAAGCCACAAAUCUUCUGGCAGAGACCCCAAAUGCAGCUACCACUAGCCAAAGUGAUGCACUGACCUCACGAGAGCACGUGGCUGUGGUUAUGGAAUCAGGUAUUGGCUAUGGGGCCGAAGAGAUGGAGGAAGAGGGUGACAGGACAUCGCUUCUACAGGAAGAAAAGCCACAGCCGAGAUUCUGGACGUUUGACUACUAUCAGAGCUUCUUUGAUGUGGACACUUCCCAGGUCUUGGACCGGAUCAAAGGCUCGCUGCUGCCCCACCCGGGCCACAACUUUGUGUGGCACCAUCUUAGAAAUCGGCCUGACCUAUAUGGACUGAUGGACCUGGGACUCCAUGUCCCCUUUGCAGGACCCUUCUGGAUCUGUGCUACCUUGGCUUUUGUCCUGGCAGUUACUGGCAAUCUCACUUUGGUGCUUGCACAGAGGCGGGACCCCUCCAUCCACUACAGCCCCCAGUUCCAUAAGGUGACUGUAGCAGGUAUCACCAUCUACUGCUAUGCGUGGCUAGUGCCCCUGGCACUGUGGGGCUUCCUCCGGUGGCGCCAGGGCACAAGGGAGCACAUGGGGUUGUACACCUUCCUGGAGACUGUUUGUGUCUAUGGCUACUCACUCUUUGUCUUCAUCCCCACAGUGGUCCUAUGGCUUAUCCCAGUGGAGUGGCUGCAGUGGCUCUUUGGAGCACUGGCUCUGGCCCUGUCAUCUGCUGGGCUGGUGUUCACACUGUGGCCUGUUGUCCGAGAGGAUACAAGGCUGGUGGCUAUAGCACUGCUGUCUGUUGUAGUGCUGCUUCACGCUCUCUUGGCGCUAGGUUGUAAGCUGUACUUCUUCCAGCCACUGCCUCUGGAACAUGUUGUACCAGAACCGCAAGCCACACCUUUAUCUCCCAGUGUCCUGCUGCCCACCUCAGCCCGGUCCAUGACAACCUUCUAGGAAGGCCAAGCCUGCAGGGCAAACCCAAGGGGCCGCUACCUAUCCUCCCUGUGAAGACUGGAGUAUUCUUGGACCCUGGAGACCACCCUGUUACUUUGCAGGCUUUUCUUACAAAGCGAACACUUUUAUUUUCUAUGCAAAGGUGAUCCAGAGAAUUUAUAUAAAGGUGGGGAGGGGCAGCCGAGCAGGGAGUAUUACUGAUGGACAGAAGAGCCCGGUUUUCCAGCCUGCCUGUGGGCCGUUUCCCUGACAGGUCAGGGAUGGCACAGGGCAGAUCCAGCCAUUGCCAGGAGUACCUAUGGUAGGCAUAGGCCCAGCCUGGGCUCUGGCCACUGAAGUGGGUAGAGACUCUAGGGCAAGGGAGCAGGGGAGAAACUGCCCUUCCUUACUUGUUUCUUCUUUUUCUGUCUGGAGGGAGAGGUCCCUUCUAGGCCCCUUUUCAGGGAUGCUGUCUUGAGAGGAGGAAAUAGAGCAUGAAUGUGGAGUGUAACACACAGGCCCAUGUUAGCUAUCAUGGAGAGUAUGCCCUCCUUCCUUCUGUGACAGAUCCUUGAGGUUUUUGUCUGCCCCAGUGGCCCUGGGUGACUUUCCCUUUGGGCUGCCUGUUCCAGCUUUUGGUAAAGGGGGACCUUCAGGGCUCAGGACAGGACAGUAGCAGGAAGCAGGGGCUAGAGGCCUUUGGACAGCUGGGUGUUUUUGUACAUUCAAGUGUGAGGUGAACCCUUUGGUGAGAGGGGGUGAUGCCUGCCCUGAAGGCUUGACAGGCCACCCCUCACCUAGAACCUCUGGGCUUACGGACAGGGGCUGCUGGCUGGGCCCGGCCAGCCGGGUUUCUCAGAGGGUCUGUGGGUUGACACUGGUUCUUUUCGUAAAAAAAUAAAAUUAAAAAAAGCA